AUGGCGACCGUCGAGAAGACGCAACAGCCACAACCGGAGGCGGUAUCAAAGGAAGCCAUGGCCACGGUGGCCGAGUACGCACCGAUCACAGGGGAGAGGAAGGUCCGCAGUGACUUGGAGACCAAGCUUCCGAAGCCUUACAUGCCUCGAGCUAUGGUUGCACCUGAUAUGGAGAAUAUCAAUGGGACAUUUUCUCAUAAACAUCAGAAUAUGUCUGUGCUUCAACAGCAUGUAGCUUUUUUCGACCAAGACAAUGAUGGUAUCAUCUUCCCUUCCGAGACAUUCAGAGGGUUUCGUGUACUCGGGUUUAAUCCGGUUGCUUCUUUUAUUUUCAUGAUUCUUGUUCAUGCGGCAAUGAGUUAUGCUACUCUUCCUACAUGGAUUCCUUCACCCUAUUUCGCCAUUCACAUUCGAAACAUACAUAAGGCAAAGCAUGGAAGUGAUUCCGGGAUUUAUGAUACAGAGGGAAGGUAUAUCCCUGCACACCUUGAGAACCUGUUCAGCAAGUAUGCGCGAACAGUCCCUGAUAAGCUUAGCUUUAAGGAACUAUGGCACAUGACUCAAGCUAAUCGUGACGCCUUUGAUUUCUUUGGCUGGGUUGCAGCCAAAUUGGAAUGGGGAGUUCUAUAUGUUUUGGCAAAAGAUGAACACGGUUACUUGGCAAAGGAAGCUGUGAGGCGCUGUUUCGAUGGAAGCUUGUUCGAAUACUGUGCUAAGCUUCAAAAGGGUGCUUCGGGUAAGAUGAAAUGA